AUGGCGUUUUUUGUGUGGACAACCACACCGGCCAUGUCCAUGCUUUACCAGCACGGCUGGUGGUAUCUCGUUGUUAAGGCUGAGCUGGGACAUUCUCCUUUUGGGAUGCACUGGCUCUGGUUUAAGGCAUAUGCCCACCGCCUGGUCGGGUUGCCGACGGACCUGUACGCAAACAACACUCUAUGCGAGGCAUUAUCAUCGUUGUACGAUAUGCUCCUCUUCACAGCUGUUCGUAUCUGCCGGCCAGACACUUCCACACUCGACGAAGUGUGCAACCUCAACGUUCGCGUCUACAUGGCACCAGAGCAUGGGAUAUAA